CAAAUGCGAUACAGAGGUGUUAUUGAAUAGUCAGGACGUUUGGGGUCACUACCGUGAUAAACGCCCAAUUGUUACAGCAUCGAAAAGGUGCAUCAACGAGACCUGUUUUGGAUAAAAUGCAAAUGCGUUUGAAAUUACAAAAAGACUUCGAUGAACAGGUGGCCUGGGAAGUGUAAUGAAUGUAACCUCUGUGAUUUGAAUUGCCUCAACCAUGCCGCACGUGUCGCCUCUCGUAAAUUUUUAUUGACAAAAAUGCUUUUAAAAAUGUGAAAAUUCAGGCAUAGCACGCGGCUAUCUGGACAACACUCCAAGGUUUCGAUGCUUCAUCAACAAGGGAUGGUAAUUCGGUCGAAAACCGAAUCCAACUUCGAGGACUCGCUGCCUGCUCGCGGCGUAGCGAAGGAUCGGGUAAUUAUCAACGUAGGUGGAUAUCGCCAUGAGACGUACUUAAGCACACUUAAAGUUGUACCGGAUUCUCGGCUGGCUUGGAUAGCUGAAAAUGCUUCAAAGCAAGCUGAAUACGACCCCGAGAACAACGAGUACUUCUUUGAUCGACAUCCAGGGAUAUUCGCCAGUAUUAUCAAUUACUAUAGGACUGGUAAGCUACACAGCCCGAGCGAUGUUUGCGGGCCGCUAUUUGAAGAAGAGCUGGCUUUUUGGGGCAUCGAUGAAUUGCAGAUGGAGCCGUGUUGCUGGAGUAAUUACACGCAACACAGAGACGCACAAGCCACUCUUAAAGCAUUCGAAGGCUUGCAAAAAAGCGUCGAGGAAUCCGAAAACGAGAACAGUCCAUUCAAAGUUCGAAAGAACGUUUCAACUCGUAUGAGGUGGAAAAGCGAAAUAUGGGCCAUGUUAGAAGAGCCCUACUCUUCCAAGUACGCACAGAUUUUUGCAAUGGUGUCUUUGAUCGUCAUCAUCUUGUCAGUAGCAACGUUUUGCAUGCAAUCGAUACAAAAACUGGAAUAGAACUACAAAGGCUUGUUCAAAGGGAUGGAAUACUUCUAUCUCGUUUGGUUUUCGGCAGAUUUCCUAGCAAGGCUGCUGACAUGCCCUUCUUUGGUAACUUUCUUCAAAACCUUCAUGACAUGGGUUGACAUUGCAUCCGUUAUACCACUUUACGUUCAUCUGGCACUUUGUGAAACAAAUGUCUCUGAUACCCUUAGCUUUCUUUUCGUCCUCCGAUUGAUCAGGAUUUUCAGGUUAUUCAGGUUUUUCCGGACCAUGAGUGGUAUGCAAGUGAUCGGGCACACACUCAGGGCCAGUGCCAGGGAACUGUUCCUUCUGAUUCUUAUCCUACUGAUACCUAUGGUCAUUUUCUCAACGUUGGUUUACUACGCAGAAAAGAAUCAUGAUGAAACGGAUUUUUCCAGCAUUCCAGGAACUUUUUGGUGGGCUGUAAUCACCAUGACAACAGUGGGCUACGGUGAUGUUCAUCCCAAGUCUCUCCUUGGAAAGAUUAUUGGUACAGUUUGCGCAUGCGUGGGAGUUCUUAUCGUGGCAUUGCCUGUUUCAGUGAUUGGCAGCAAUUUCACGUUGUUUUACUCUCACGCACAAGCUCAACUAAAACUUCCUAAAAAGAAAAGAACACCGCUUUUACUCGGUGCUGCAGGCGCACUCGUAUCCGAGUCCACUUUAUUCAACAACGACGGAAACUCAAACAUUUCUGAUGACGGCGAAAGUCCAACCCCUCGGGAAGAAGCAUUGCCUUUACCUCGUAAGAGUCUACGGAAUCCAUCGAUAACUCCUCGCUGUCGUUCGACUCGAAGAGAAGCUGCAUUACAACAUGCUGCAUUACAACAUGCUGCAUUACAACAUGCUGCAUUACCUACAUUAGAGUCGGACGCAUCAGAAAUGGACCGUACUUCCAAUGGAAAAAAGAGUACAGAAGAGUUGUUCUCAUCUCCCCCGACGGGUAGCGCAGUGGAUAUAUCCAGCGGUCUCAAGGGGGUUAGUGACGUUAUGCUUAAUAUAACAACUCCAUCGCACGUACAUCGUCGCAUGGCAAUUUCUCCCGCACAGUCUCCUCCGGCGAGAAGAAAUAGUCAGCGUAGGAGACGGCGGGGGGGAAGUAAGCGAUUGGCCAGCCGUGGCAACGGAGAUGCAUCGUCUAACGAGAAGGACCGAGACAGUUAUUAUUACACAACUACGGACGGGGAUAGCCCAGGGGAAAGUGAAAGUCACGGACAUUCCAGGCCGGAACAUACCGAGCUGGACAGGAAUAGCGUAGAGCACGAAUCUUCAAACGAGUCAAACACCUCCGAGCGCAAGAAUGCCACUACCAAAGUGGCUGUUCUCUCGGACAGUAAAGCGGAAGAUGACAUGCGCUCGCGGAGUGACUCUGAAAAUAAUGUAUGGUUAGUAGGGGUGACGUUGGACUCAAGUGAAGACUUCCCUGAGGAAAAAGGGGAACAGCACAGGAACAAUACUAAAAUAGACCCUGCACCACCUUGGAAAUCCACCGAAAAUUUGGGUGGCAACAGAGCAACAAAUCAGAACAAACAGCUUGUAGAACCCAGGCAGAGGGCUAAAACCGAACUGGUUUCCAGUGACACUCCGCCAUGUAAGAGGAGGAAUGCCAUAGGGGGAAAUCGUGCAAUUUCAGCGCUGCCCAUAUCACCACUUGUCAGAUCUGAGGAGAGAAUUCAAAGACCGCCACUAUAUGAAUCUACCGGCGACUCCAAAGCCAAAAAAUACGCUAGCAAUGCAAGACAUUCUCACAGCAACGAUAGAGAUUCUCAGCAUGAAUUAAAACAUUUGCCGCAUUCUGCGUCAUCUCAGGGUAAAAAUAUGCUACCAGCUGAGAGUAGAGACAGUAGAGAAGACAUCCUGGGGCCAAACAUAAGAGGAAAUAAACGAGAUAACAUUCAGAAUAUGACUCGCGUCUGACCCCAAUCAGGACACACUAUAAUACAAUAAGGAGGAGAGGGUGUAGACGACGCAGAGCAGAAAAGGGGUUCUUGUGCCCCCAUCAGUACAUCUUUACUCCCCAAGCUUGAGGGAAAAUCGUGAGAGCAUGGCUUCCACAGUUCCUUCAGAUGAUAGUGUUAUUCAUUUUUUCCCAACGAAACCACAGUAACGAGUUCAGCAAUUUGAUUGUUUAUUAGCGCAGCCUGUCUUAACCGAACGGUCACGGUAACGCCCUCGUGAGUUUUUUGUCCACAAAUUAAAAAGUUCGGAUCAGUGUCAUAUCUAAGCAACUGCGCACCCAUCCCCCCCCCCCACCACCUCCAAACCCAACAUCAACCCUAACUUGUUACCAGUUGACUCUUGUAGUGCUAGAGAAGGGGUAGGUUUGUAGUGAACCAGAUACUCACAUGGAUCUCUGAAGGUUAGAACUUGGUUCCUUAUGAAGUCAUGAAUUAUAGAAAUCGACGAGCGCGUAUUGUGUGAGUGUGCUUGUAUGGUCAAAGUAAAAAAAGUGAUUUUAAAGAAAGAAAAAGCGAUCAAGUUAUUGAGGGUCAUGGAUCGGUCUGUAUGGUCGAUCCACCAAAAGGCAAAUAACAUAAACGAAAAGAUUUUUUUCUAAAUCUUCUGAGCUCUGUCGAACUAUCAGAAACCUAACUUAAGCGAACAUUUUGUGGAGCUAGUUUCGUACCGGCAUACCGAUACUUUUUCAGCUUUAUUUCUGCAGACGAACUGACCAGUUAAGUUCUUGCAUAAGGGCUUCUGCCGACGUUGGAAAUUAUUUCGGUUACCUAAAUCGAGCACUCUUUAUAAACUCCCACUAGGCUAAAAUCAAACCAAACUUUUUUAAAUUUUAAAAAUUAUAAUGAGCCAUUUUAGCACCGAAAAAGGCAAUUAAUUUGAGACAGUUACCUGAACCUAUUGUUUAUAAGAAAUUAUGUAUAAAAAAAUUAUUUAUUUAAUGACAGAUCACUGUUCAAAAUUUAAACAUGCCUUUAAGGCAAAAAUGAACAAUUUGUCAUCAGUUUUCGCUAAAGCUUCUUAUUAAAAAAAGCUCAAUAGGUGGAAUAUAAUGCGUUUGCAAAGUUGUUUGAACACUUACCGCCUAA